UUUCGCAAUGUUACCUCUUUUCUUAAUUUCCCCCUUAUAUUUGGGCUAAAUGGAGUUCUCGGUCUUUUGUCGUUAACUGUAGUGCAUGGAGAGCAAAGAAGUAAGCCAUUUACUCUUAAAGCUGAAUUUUACAGUUUUACAAUGACGAAGAGGUUAAUCCCGAUUCCCUAUCAUUAUGUUAGACCCUGUUCAGACGAGCGUUUUAGUGGCUCGACUGCCAGAAGCGCGACUGCCAGGUCAGUGGAAGUGAAUAGGAGCGCACACUUGUAGUGGCUUGUGACUGGCCUGUGGCGUGUGCACAGACAUCAGCAACAGUGGCCCGACUGCUCAGCCACUCGAGGUACAUGUGUUGCUAUUCGGCCGCACACACAUGGCGACAGCCACUGGUUUUCAUGGUGAUGAUACACCUAUUUGGCUGGAGUGGGUGGGAUUAGACCAAUGAGAGUGGACGUGGAGCAGAGGCAGACAGACAUGUGACAGUAGCUUCCACUUCCCGCAGCCUGUCAUCCUGCUGCCAAUGCUGCCCUGAGUUGUCACGUGUGCUAACCCAAGCAAGACAGGAUGUCUGACCAGCAGGAAACAGACCGUUUUGAUACGGAAUUGUUUAUUGACGAAGUGCAAAAGCGUCCUGCCAUUUGGGAUAUGGCAAGUGCUGUCUACAAGGAUAGAGUGGAGAAGAAAAGAUGCUGGGAUGAGUUGGUGGAAAUAUUCUGCAGUGGAAACACAAAAGAAAAGAGAGAUGUGGCUCUGACUUUACAAAGGAAGUGGAAGAGUUUACGAGAUUGCUACGCAAGAGAGUUGAAGAAACAAAAGACUCUUCCAUCGGGAUCAAAAGCUAGACAGAACACCUACAUAUAUUUUAGGAGGUUACAGUUUUUAGAAAAUUCUGAUGCAGGAAAAGACACAGUUAGUAAUCUUGAGAAGAAUGAAGAUGAAACAACGUCAGAUGAUGAAGAUGUGAUAGUGGAGCGCGGUACCACUACAAACUCAAAACAGAAGAAAUUAAAGUUAAACCCUGCUGAUAAGCAUUUUGCUGAUAUUUUAGAAAGAAAUUUGCUUGAAAGACGAAAGGAAGAAGAAAACCGGAAUGAUGAUGACAGACUUUUUUGUUUGUCAUUAUAUAAAGAACUUAAAAAAGUACCUGAAAACUUGCGAUUAAUGACCAAAAUCGAAAUGCUAAAUGUCAUUCAUCGUGCUCAGACAUCUGCAACAUCUCGGCUCAUGCGUCAAGUCAACAAUCCACACCCACAUAGUCAAUCAUUACCACAUGCAUCAGGAGAUACUAGUCAAAAACCAUCACCACCUUUUGAGGUUCACUCAGACUUUCAGUUGCAGGGUGUCACAACAUCAUUACCAACAAUACAUCCAUUGCACAACACACAGAACAACCAACACCCAAGUGCUUCAGGUUGUAGUAGCAACACUUCAACUCAAUCUUUACUUGUUAAUUCAGCAUCUCCUUCCCCAGGAGGUGCAAGCUCAGUCUCUGACACAUAGUCUGAACAUUUAAAUGUGUAUCAGUAAUGAAGCUUAGUAAAUAGGUAUAUUGGAUUAUUAAGGACACACGCACACACACACUCACACGCACACACACACACACACACACACACACACACACACACACACACACACACACACACACACACACACACACACACACACACACACACACACACACACACAUAUAUGUGCUGAGUACUACAAGCUCAGUUUCCAUAUUACACAAUCAUACCACACAGCUACAACAAGAAGUAUGCAUAUACUAUUACCUUAUAUUAAAUAAUUAGUAAGUUGUUUUUUACUGAAAUUUGUAGCUUUUCAAUAGAUCAUAAUUAUACUUCAUUAUCAAGAUAUUUAAUAUAAGUGGAUGUUUAUUCUUUUGUUAUGCUUUCAUAAUAAACUUUCAUGGGUAGCAUGUUUCAGGCAAAUUUUACUGAAUGAUGAAUGUGCUCAUUUUGUAUUUCUAAAUAUGAAUAUGCCUAUUGUAUACAAAUAAAAACACCCACCUUAGUGUUAUGACAAGUUUUUCUUCUGGAGAAAUGCAGUCCCUCAUUGUGGUGCUUGUUGAAGAUAUGUCAUCCUGUAUUUGUUGCGAGAACUUGCGUUAAUGUUCUCAUAACUUUGGAUACAAUGUGAAGAACAUUUCAUGGGUAAGUCUCUCAUUGUCUCCUCUUCCGCCGCUGCAUACGAUGAUAUAAAACCCAUGCACAUGCCACCUCUUCUACAUCCAUUACUGGCUGUGUAUGAUCAGCGACUGAAGAGGGAUAAAAAGAAAUGCAAGUGGGGGAGAGACGAGUCACUCAUUAGUCACGCUUCUAGCAGUUGGGCCACUAAAAAUGCUUGUCUGAACAGGUUUUAAAACUAAUUUUAGGUAAUUAAGCAAAUCUAUGCGUCGCUGAUACUAAUACAUUUCAAUGGACUGUUUUUGAUGUUGGUAUUUGUUACCACGAGCAACACACCCUCCAGGUACCCAAAACCAAGGUUAUCAUGCAAACCCAAACCUAACCUUACCAACGUUCUAUUUAUUCCCCCAGGGUAAAUUUUACACAAUAGCGCGGCAUAAUGAAUUGUGACUAUUUUGUUACUGAUGGAUUCCUCUCACUUUUGUCUACCCAAAUUUAUGAAAAAUAUUGCAUGGUGAUAUUCUUGGCCCCAAUAGCAGGGGAUGGCAUGGAAAGCACAGGGAAAAUUGCAGGGUAAAGUAUGAACAAUAUACACAGAACCAUUCACCAUACUGUAAUGCAAGGGUCUAUACCCCUGUAACCCCCCCUCCCCCAUGGGGUCUUAAUAUUAUUCAUGUUGUGCCCUGCAAUUUCCGUGACCAGUAGGGCAUGAAAGUUACAAGGGAAAUUACAGGGUAAAUUAUGAAUAAUAUACUGAGAAUUGGUCAAUAUAUAGUCAAUUGCAGUGGGCUGCUACCCUUCAACCCCUACCCUGGACAAUAAAGAAUCCACUAAGAAUGUACAGCAAGAUAGAGUGUCCGACAGACUCAGCGUCGGAUGCUCCUACAUGUUGGUCAUACACUCUACCCUGACAAAAAUAUGUGGAGGAUUCCUUGUCUUCCAUCGUGGGGUUGUGGGGGCUUUAGCUCCCCAGGAAGGGGUUUACAGGGAGCACAGGCCCCUGCAUUAGACACUUUAAUACCUGAUAUUGUGUAUAUUAUUCAUAUUUUACCCCACAAUUUCCCUGGUUCCUUGCAUUCCCUCCCCUGCUAUUGGGACCAAGAUUGUUGUUAAUGGUGGGGGGGGGGGUACACAGCAUAAUAUUGAUCAAUUUAGAUAGUAGAGAGUGAGAGGAAUUCAUAACUACCCAAAUUGUCGUGACUGGUUAUGCUAACGUAUUCCAAAAAAUUACCCUAAUCUCAUUAUUAAAAUUAAUUUUAUGGACUAAAACUACUGAAACUGGCCUGUAUAGUUGUAUCAGAUAUACUCCAUUAAUACCAGUUUCAUUAGUAUUAAUGACUUAUAGAGUUACCCAUAUUUGCAUAAAGUAACACCACGAUAGAUAUAGUUUAAUCUGUUUAAAUUGGUAAUUAUUUGAUGUAGGAUUGGAUAAAUCAACUUUAGUUUUACACCCCUCACUCUACCAGAGUCCAUAAAACCUCCCCCACAUUUAUUCUGGAAUAUACAACUUUAUUCCUCAUUUGACAAUCCAUUUACUAGAGGGAUCAACAUGGUAAUUUUCUCAUGAAUAUACAUGUUAGAGAUUUGUUAUGGCUUUAUGUUUACUCUCUGCAUGUUACUUUGAAAACCUAACCAUAUUUUAUGUGUCCUU